AUGGCAUCUACAACACUGUCUGAAUUUCCAUUCUUGACGGCCGCCGAGUUUGAUCAUGCUUGUAGAGCGUUUCUUACGCGACUCCAUGCCUUUGGAGGCCCCGAGGCCCUGGGGUGGUCAUCGGCCAGGCAUAUCCACCCAGCCGAGGUUUCUAUACAGCCGAGUCCAGGAAUCCUGAGGAUAUCAAAAACAGUAACACCCGGACCGAACCAACAUAACACAAUAGGGCACACCUUGGUGGAUGAAGAUACAGAGUCAUUAGACGACACAAUUCAGGAUGAAGAUCAUGAAACUCUUAUUCGCGACGCAUCUCAUGACAAAAAGGCCCAACUGGUCAUUGACUACGACAUUGCUUUUUCAGAAACAUAUCAGGUUCCUGUCAUGUAUUUUGUUGUGCCAGGCAUUCAUCAAACAAGUCUCGCUGCAAUAGAUGCUGUAUAUCAGCUCCUCGUCCCAGACCGACACAGGCAGCCACUGAAAUCGAGCGGCGUCAUGGGUGGCAUCAGCUUCGGGUAUCAUCCCCAGUCUGGUAUCCCAGCUUACUUUAUCCACCCUUGCAACACCGCCACCGCCAUGAGAGAUAUCGCUGGUGAUAGAGGUGUCGAGCCUGAAACUUAUUUGCUUAUCUGGCUUGGCUUGGUGGGCAAUUGUAUCGGUCUCAACCUCCCGAGCCACAUGUUCAUGCAAAACUCGGCCCACAAGACUUGA